AUGGCUCCCGCCGCCAAAAGGAGCAACAGCUCCCUGCCUCAGGGCUAUGUCGAGGACAAGUCCAAGGGCCCCAUGUUGAGAUACCAAGAGUCGCUGCCCAAGCUCCCUGUGCCAAAACUCGAGGAGACAGCCGCCCGCUACGUCAAGACCCUCAAGGCCCUCCUGAGCCCUGCAGAGCUUGCCACAAGCACGAAAGCCGUCCAGGAAUUCAUCAAGCCUGGCGGUGUCGGCGAGCAGCUCCAGCAGAGACUCGUCGCCAAGCGCGAGGACCCCAAAACCAAGAACUGGAUCUACGAAUGGUGGAACGACGCGGCCUACCUCUCCUACCGCGACCCUGUUGUCCCCUACGUCAGCUACUUCUACUCCCACCGCGACGACCGGAGGCGGCGCGACCCCGCCAAGCGUGCUGCGGCCAUCUCGACCGCGGUCCUCGAGUUCAAGAAGGACGUUGACAACGGCACUUUGGAACCCGAGUACAUGAAGAAGCUCCCCAUCUGCAUGGACAGCUACAAGUGGAUGUUCAACGCCAGCAGAGUCGCCGCCAAACCCGCCGACUAUCCGGUCAAGUUUGAGGCCAAGGACCACAAGUACCUGAUUGCCGUGCGCAAGAACCAGUUCUGGAAGAUCACCUAUGAGGUAGAUGGUCAGCAGCUCAACACUUCUGAGCUGGAGGCUCAGUUUGCCAAGGUUUACGAGCUCGCCAAGCGCGCUCCCGCCGUCGGCGCUCUGACUUCCGAGAACCGUGACGUCUGGACCGAUGCGCGUGCUGUGCUUCUCGAUGCGUCGCCCAAGAACGCCGCCGCCCUUGAGGCCAUCGAGGCGUCCGCCUUCCUGGUCUGCCUCGACGACGCUGCGCCUGUGACCAACGAGGAGCGUGCCCACCAGUACUGGCACGGCGAUGGCCAGAACCGGUGGUACGACAAGCCCCUGCAGUUCAUUGUCAACGACAACGGCACUUCCGGCUUCAUGGGUGAGCACAGCAUGAUGGACGGCACUCCCACGCACCGCCUCAACGACUACGUCAACGAUGUCAUCUUCAACAACAAGCUGGACUUCAGCAACCCCUCUGUGCGAUCCAACUUGCACGACCCUGUCGCUGUCGAUUUUGAGGUGACCAAGGAGGUCGAGGCCGAAAUUGACCGUGCCGUCAAGGACUUCAACAAGGUCAUUGGCCAACACGAGCUCGCCGUGCAGGCCUACCAGGGCUAUGGCAAGGGCCUGAUCAAGAAGUUCAAGACGUCCCCCGAUGCCUACGUCCAGAUGAUCAUCCAGCUCGCCUAUUACAAGAUGUACGGCAAGAACCGGCCUACAUAUGAGUCGGCAGCUACUCGUCGGUUCCAGCUCGGCCGCACAGAGACUUGCCGGUCCGUUUCCGAGGAGAGUGUCGCUUGGUGCAAUUCUAUGUCCGAUCCUACGGUAUCGGACGAGGACAAGGUUGCGCUCUUUAAGAAUGCGACCGCUGCGCACAUUGAGUACAUCAGUGCUGCGUCUGAUGGCAAGGGUGUCGAUAGACAUCUGUUUGGCCUCAAGAAGUGUCUGAAGGAGGGCGAGGAGUUGCCCACCAUCUACAAGGACCCUGCCUUUGGCUACAGCUCCUCGUGGUUUCUUUCCACCAGUCAGCUCAGCUCCGAGUUCUUCAACGGAUACGGAUGGUCGCAAGUCAUUGACGCCGGCUUCGGUAUCGCCUACAUGAUCAACGAAAACAGCAUCAACUUCAAUGUUGUUUCCAAGGGCCUCGGCAGCGCCAAGAUGAGCCACUACCUCAAUGAAGCCGCAGGUGAGAUGCGCGAUCUGCUGGCUCCGACCCUCGAGGCUCCCAAGGCCAAGCUGUAA